UUUGCAGGGUUUCUAUCUAUCUCGCUAUCCUGCCUCUCGUGCUUCUGUCUUUCUACCAGCCUCGCUUCGCAGCUUACACUUCCAAUAUCUGAAAUCCCUAGUUCCCAAAUACCCUCGCCAUGGAUCUCUCCAAGAAGCGUAAAACGGACCAGAACGGCGACGCUGAUUCCUCGCCUUCACAACAACCUCCCCCUUCCACCUCCCUCUCCGCAGACGACAUCCGCAAGAUCCUGCAACCCUUCACGCACGAGCAGCUCAUCGACCUCCUCCAGUCAGCGUCCCUCCGCCACCCCGACGUCUUCGACUCUGUCCGCUCCGUCGCCGACCGCGACUCCACACUCCGAAAGCUAUUCGUCCGCGGCCUCGCCGCCGACACCACCACGGACACUAUCCGCGCCAUCUUCUCUGCCUACGGCGACCUAGACGAAGCCAUCGUCAUCUUCGACAAGAACACCGGAAAAUCCAAGGGCUACGGCUUCGUCACUUUCUCCCACGUCGACGGCGCUGUCCUCGCCCUCAAGGAUCCCAGCAAGAAAAUCGACGGCCGCAUGACCGUCACGCAGCUUGCCGCCUCCGGCGGACCCGGAGCCGCCUCAGCUACCGACGUAGCCGCACGGAAGGUGUUUGUAGGUAACGUCCCAUUCGAAAUCCCAUCGGAGAGGCUCUUGAGCCACUUUCUUGCAUACGGUGAGGUAGAAGAAGGUCCUUUAGGGUUUGAUAAGAGUAGCGGUAAAACAAGAGGGUUUGCGUUCUUCGUGUACAAGACUGAAGAAGGUGCUAGGGCUUGUUUGGCAGAGCCAACGAAGACAAUUGAUGGCCACCAAGUGUUCUGCAAGUUGGCUGUGGAUAACAAGAAAGCGAAGCCGCAGAAUCCAGCUUCUGGUUUCCCAGGGGAUGGUAUGCAUGCUCAGCAGCAACAGCAACAGCAACCUCAACCUUCUUACAAUGCUCCUAUGCUGAUUUCUCAGUACGGUGGAUAUGCUGGCGGUGGUGGGCAUGGCAACGGAUAUGGGAUGCAGCCUUCGGUGCCGUCGUAUGGGAACCCUGUUCCAGCUGCUGCUGCUGGUGUUGGUGGGUAUGGGGCUACGGUUGGUGGGGGCGGUUAUGGGAAUUCGCAGUAUGGCGGGCCGGUUUCCGGCGAGUAUGGUGCGAGGUUGCCUCCUACGUCCGGUGGAGUACCCUCUGGUGGGUUUAUGGAUGGCUCCCAUUAUGGUGGUUUACCUUCGUCUGCAAUUCCGUCACAACAGCCGCAGCCUGUUCCGAUGCCAAGACCUGCCCCUCCUGGAGGAAUGUACCAAGGCGUGCCGCCCUAUUACUGAGUGAGGAAAAUUAAAACAUAUCUUUAGAAGAUUUAGAAACAAUGGAAGGAAUGUGAGUAAUGAUGAAAUAGGACUGAAAGAUAAGGAUAAUAAGAGAUAUUUGCAACCUUCUUGUUUGAUUGUUUACUGAAGGAAGGGAAGGGAUUUUUCCAGAAGCUAUUUCAUAUUCCUUUUUAACCCCCCAUAUUGGGUGGACAAAAAAUUGAGAGCUUUGAUUAAGUCAGGGACCUCUUCAUAUUCUUUUGUUAUUCCACCACCCAAAGAACACUUCAAAACAUACUAUAUAUAUAUGACAGAUUAUUUGUUGUUGAUCCUUUCAUUCCUUUGGAACAUAGCCUAAAUACAUAUCCCUCCCUCUUCCAUGCAUACCUUUUGGAUAGGUGAGAGGUAAGAGGGUGGCGUGGAAAUAGAUUCAAAAGGAGUGAAAUGGAGUCCAAGUGGGUGGGUUCAUUACCCCAUUGUUGAAUAAAAUAAGGUUUCCAUCAAAAUCUACAAAUUUGGAAGGAACAGAAAAGGUAGGUGUUAACAAAAACAGGAUAGGAAGGAAAUUAUUUGACUAACCAUUACACUCCAUUUAAAGACCACCCAAAAAAAAAAAAAUCCACAUCAUUACGAUGUUAUCAAUCCAUUAGAUUCUCUUGCUCUGACCCUCAAACCUCUUAUCCCAACAUACCUUUUGUUUAUGUAUGUUUUGAAUGACAUCAAAUGUAAAACAUAAUAUUGCGGUAAUGCUAGGGAGAUGAAAAACACAACCCAAAUUUGUCUUAUUUAGCAUUUAUUAAUUGUCGCAACUUGGGGCUGUUUUGGCUGAUUUUUUAUGGUCUCCCAAACGUUGUUGUAUUUUUGCCUCAUCUUUUGCUCUGCUACGCGUGAAUAUUUUUAGUAUCUUGUCUAUGGUUGGCUCUGGGAUACUUAGUCUUAUGUGAAUAAGCAACUUGUUUCGCCAUGGAUGAGUGCUUCUAUUUAUUUGCUUGUUUUUGGGAAUCAUCUUUUUCGGCCGUCUAAUUGUUCUUGUUGGUUGCAAGUUACUUGGACAAAGUUCUUGUUUGUUUGCUUUUACUGAACGGUUCUACAUUAUUUUGUUGACUUUGGAAUCAAACCUUUUGAUUAUUCAUGUGCUACUAUCUAAUGAUUUUUGAGGUGGUUUUCUUGUUUGGUUCCGAAUUGAUGUAGCUUGUCCAACAGAAAGUCACAUGUAGUAGUAAUUUGAGCGUAGGACUUGGGACAUUCUAGUGAUGUUGGGUGAAAGGGGUCAAGCUAUCUUUUGUACUAUCAUUCACAAAAGGGGGACAAUUGCUUUGUAAUAUAAUAAUUUUGUAAUAGUGAAAAGAGAAUUAUGAGAUUAAUGGGUUGGAAUGCGUUGCGGUUGCGCUUGUCUCAUGAUUUAUUUUGACAGUAGUUUUGUUUUAUACUUUUUUUUUUCUCCAUUUCGUUUCAAUUAGAAAUGGUCAGAAAA